AUUUUUAAGACGAAUACUGACCAUGAGGAAGUCCACUUAUUAGUCUACUUUUGCUAAUUCUGCUGAAGAAAAUGAAGCUACGCUUUGGCUGUACAGAAUCUUUUACCACCACUGUUGGGUAAAUGAGAAGUGGUUGUGUGAUUAUGCUGACAUCCCAGCAUGCAUUUAGUAGACCUGUGGUUAACUCGUUCCCUCUCCAUGUGUCUGCUCUUACAAAGUUUUGUCCUCAUGAUACUGUGCUUUCAUUCUGCCAGUAUGUGCCCAAAAGGCUGCCUGUGUUCUCAUUCUGGAGGUCUAAAUGUCAGUUGUAGCAAUGCAAAUCUCAAGGAAAUACCCAGAGAUCUUCCUCCUGAAACAGUCUUACUUUAUUUGGACUCCAAUCAGAUAACAUCCAUCCCAAAUGAAAUUUUUAAGGACUUGCAUCAACUGAGAGUCCUCAAUUUAUCCAAAAAUGGUAUUGAAUUUAUAGAUGAACAUGCCUUUAAAGGAGUGGCAGAAACCUUGCAGACUUUGGACUUGUCUGACAACCGGAUUAAAAGUGUGCACAAAAAUGCUUUCAAUAACUUAAAAGCCAGAGCCAGAAUUGCAAACAAUCCUUGGCACUGUGACUGUACUCUGCAGCAGGUCCUGAGGAGCAUGGCAUCCAACCAUGAAACUGCCAACAAUGUCAUCUGUAAGACUUCUGUGUUAGAUGACCAUGCUGGGAGACCAUUCCUCAAUGCUGCCAAUGAUGCAGAUCUUUGUAACCUUCCUAAAAAGACUACUGAUUAUGCCAUGCUAGUCACCAUGUUUGGCUGGUUCACCAUGGUGAUAUCCUAUGUAGUUUAUUAUGUGCGGCAAAAUCAAGAGGAUGCAAGAAGGCACCUUGAGUACUUGAAAUCCCUGCCAAGCAGGCAGAAGAAACCAGAAGAAGCUGAUGACAUUAGCACUGUGGUAUAGUAUCCUGAAUACAACUGACUUUGAGAUGGCAAUUAGAUUUGGAUGGCACUAAAACCAGAGGUCUACAAUGAAUGUUAUAAGUAAACAUUUAAGACUUUUUUUUUUUUUCAGUUUAACUGAAUUAUGCCAUUGUUGAUCUUUUUAACAAAGGUUUUUGUUUGGGUGGUAUACGUUAAUUGUUUCUCUGGUGGUAUUCUAAAGCAAGUAAACUAGUAUGUAAACAUUAGUUAGACCCAUUUAAUAACAAAAUUUAUUUUUUUAAUUUAAAACCAAAUA